AAAUUAAUAUAUCGAUGAGUUCCUGUUUAAAUAGAAAUAGUAAAACGUGUUCCAAUCGUAACACUAUUUUACAAAGACAAAUGACUUCCGUCAAUGCACUUUCUUUCAUACACCAUAAUCGUCAUCGAAUAAAUUUCGAUUAAAAGUUCUUAAUUAUCGAGCUCUAUAUAUAUAUAAGUAGACUGUGGAUUAUACAAUUUUAUACAAAAUUAUAUCGACCGAAGAAACAAAGCUUAAAUAGAAAAUUACUUUAUUUUUCAAUUCAAAUAUUAUCGAUUAUACAUUUCCAUGUGUACAAUCCACAUAAUGGAUAAAUAUCCGCAGUCUACGUCGAUUUAAUAAGCUCAACAAACGUAUAACCUUUACAACCGACCAUCAUUUUCAUAUAUUCAACUUUUCUAUUUUUCAUUUCGAUCCCGGAAUCAACCCCCCCGAAAGGUCAUCAAACAUUAACACACCCCCGAUCGUAUCCGUAUCGAUCUAAAUCCUUCGAUCCUACCCGACCAAUCUCCCCACGAAACUCUACUCUGCCUCACGGGCACGCACGAGAAACCACCCCCUCCCCCUCUAGAAGGGUGCGCACGAUCGUGCACGUAAAAUUGGGAUCGUUUCAAGGUAGGCGGUUGGAAAGGUAACAAACCAAUAAUACUUCACCCCCUGACCGGAGAUUGGGCGAUGGCAGAGCGAGCAGCCCUGAUCUCGAUCGACGCGGCGCGCAGGGAGGGGGUGGGGGAGGGGUGAACGGGUGCAUCGCGCAGCUGCAGUGGUGGUGGCGGUGGUGGUCGACCGGCUGGCGGAAGGAAGGCGUCAGUGAACGGGGGAGCACGGAAUCGAGAGAACCGCGGUGGUGUCGUCCUCCGGAGUCGAACGUGGCGGAAGAACACAAGAAUCGUCGAGGUUGUGCGCGCGUGUGUGUGUGCGUGCGUGUGUGUUUGCGCGUUGCCAAGAGCCGCCGUGAGACUCGCCUCGUUGGCGCGCAAAAGGAAGAAAAGAGAAAAGAGAAAAAAAAGGAUCGUGGUGGGUAGAUCGUUGGAGGAGAAGGCGGGUGUUUCGUGGUGUUUCCGUUUUCUUUUUUUUUUCACGAGAAACGUUGAACGCGAUAUAAGGCGGUCGUCAGAGGCGUCGAGGGCGAGAGGGCGUGCAGGAGGGCGGGAGGGGGGAGGGCAGGCGACAGGGAAGGAUGUCGAUGCGCCGCCGGUGGUCGGUUUCGGGGGUUGACUCGCGCCGCGGGGGCGAUGAGCGCACUUCCCUCCGCCCUGAGACUGACCUGCUGCCGUUCCUGGCUCCUGCUCAUCUGCCUGCUUUGCCUGGUGUCCGGCUGCACCUGCCGCGGCACGCGACCGGAUCGCCUGACUCGCCAAUUACCGGCAGAUGAUGACGUGCGCGUAUCCAACUACGACGACGACGACGUCGACGAAGACUAUCAGGACAACGCCACUGCGAAGGGGCAGCAGCUGGGCUCGCCGUGCGAUGUCUCGUGCAAUCCGAAACUGCAGCACGUGUUCUGCGACACGGUCACAGGUUUCUGCGAGUGUGAAAAAUUCUAUCCAGUUCGUCUCGGCCCCUCGAAAGGAUGUGCCAAACCUAAAAGACUCGGGGAGCAAUGUUUCUAUCGCGCGAGUUGCACUUUUGCGGAUCAACACUCGACCUGCACCCAGGUGCAACACAAUGCCGUAUGCGACUGCGAAGAGGGUUACCAUAGAGUUUCCUUGUCCAGGCCUAGCAAGAAGGUGUUCUGCGCCGAAGAUCUGGUGCUGAUAACGACAGAUAUUCCGACCCUGCUCUGCAUAGCAUCGGGAAUAGCGGUAUUCACGGCGAUGAUAUGCUUCGUGCUCAAGUUAUUCAGCCGCGCGAGAUACUCAAGACCGCGGCACUAUGCCAACGCCAAUCACGCGCCUCCUAUGCUCUUCUCCAGCGACACGGGUAUUCCAUUGACGCUUCACGGUGGCCGACCAUCCUCGCGUUCCAGUCAGAGGAGCAGCACAGGAGGACCGUUGACCUAUGCAUUCUCCAGGAGGCCUAGCAGCGGUGGUAGCCGCGGUCCCCUGGUACCAUCGUCGAGAGCAGGUGCGGCACGUGCCGCCGCCAUCUUGCUUAUAUCGUGUCACCUGCAGGCAACCAAAGGCGGGAACAAGCAUCGACGUACCCUUAGCGAUGUUGCUGAGGGAUCGUCCGACGGCCUCGGUUCACGUCGCCCUAGUUUAACGUCGGUUCACAGUUCGACGUCCUCGGCACGAAGUUACAGCGCGAGACGGCUCGAGAAAGAGAGGAACGAGAAGGAGCAGAGGCAAGCUUUGCAGGAGUUGAGAUUGGCGAAACAACGGGAGCAGCAGCAGCGAGAGCAACAGCAACAGAUCGCGCCUACGCCCAGCCCUAGAACGCCUCAUUCCAUGGACGAGCUGUUGCCCUCCGUGGAGGAGGGAAAGGAAGUGUUUUAUAACGAGAUUUGAAGAAUCGCGAUUGCGCGUAAUUGCGGAUGGAUGGAUGGAAUUUUUAACGUCUAUCGAUCUAUACACGAGCUAUAACGUUUAACUCAACGAAUUAAAUUACGAAUUCUAACUUGAAAUCUUUGGACACAUCAGCAGGUGCCGACGACAUCGGACAUGAUCGAAGAAACGUCGAUGAAAACAACGGCCGUAACGACAACCAACAUAAACGCGAGCAGAUUCGGCGAAAUGGCUCCCGUCACAACCUCGACAACGUCCAUCUUCGAAACGAACAUCGCGCCCCGUGCCACCGGUGACAUUUUUCAAGUGUAGUUAAGGACAUAAUUAUCGAUGAACUAAUAUAAUAACUCACGUGACUCGAAUCGAAACGGUACAAGCCUAGUGCGAAGGGACGAAGGAAUUUUCAUUACACGAAUUACGUAGCAGCACAGUUCCGUAAUAAAGCUAAAAAAAAAAAAAAAAGAAAAAAAAAAGAAAGAAAAUGUCUCGAGUAAGAAAUAAAUGAAAGUGACGGAGUACGGUUAAUCAGAAGCGAGCGGCUAAAAUAUGAAUAUCCAAAGGGAAAAAAAAGACAAAAAAAAAUGCUCUGUCACGGACACGGUGCUUUUUUUGAACGAAUAAAAAAAAAAAAAGAAAUUGUAGAUACACAAAUGGGUACAAAGGAGGCAUGCAGAGUUGUUAAAGUUGAAGUUUUGCUUGAGCCACGCGCGAAGGCCUAGAAUUUAUUCUAAAAAUGAUAUGUUUUUAUUACCUAGGUACGAAAGGUACAGCUUUCAGUAAUAAAAAAAUUGAUAAGAUCGAACCAGUUAAGAUCGUUCAACUCUAGAAUACGUAAUAUUCAGGAAUGUACCUGAACGUAGGUGAGGGUAUAUGAAGUAGUACCUGAACAUAGGGGUGGUACGUGUUGGAUGCUUGAAAAGAAAGUGUAGAGAUUUCGCGAGAAUUCUGGUCCAGCAGCGAAAUAUUUCUUGUCCGUGAUUAUUAUUAAAGAUGACAGAUAUAUAUAUAUAUAUAUAAUUUCAAAUUUGAAAAUAUAAAUGGGAUGUAUCAAUUUAUUUUUGAACUUGUUCUUCUUAUUGGAAGAAAAAAAUACGGAAAGAAUGAAAUGCAAGGGAAAGAAGAAAGAUGGUAUCCCAAAUAAUGAUUUUUUUAAGCAUUUUCGAUUAGAAUUAUUGGUUCAACGAUAGAAUUUUUUAUUUAAAAUUCACGGACAAAUUGUCGAGAAUAAAUACAAUUGAUUGAAGACAAAGAUCGAGAUUCGAAUUAAUAUUUUUGAAUGCUCGGUACCACGAUUACGAUUUACUUACAUAUCAGUAAUUGUUUUACGAAAUAUCACGUAACGAACAAAGAUUUUUAUCUAUCAAAUUUUACAAAUUUCUUCCUUUCGCAUUUAUUAUCUUCUUACUUAAAUAUUAUCGAUUUAAUCACAUAUCAGUAACAAAACAAAAUUGAUUCAAACUUUAAAAAUAUCGUUUGAGAUAUUAAGAAAUAAAUGGAAAAAUAAUUAUACCAAUAUUUCUCUAAUUAUUCACACACGAGUACACUCAAAUCCGCGUAGCAGAAUUCGAUAGGAAAGAAGAAAAAAGCGAAAUUGCAUUUGUCAAUGUUUAUCCUUAAAAGUUUAUCCAUUUACACGUGUAUUUAAAAAUCACAAAACACACACACAUGCGCGCGCGCGCGUCCACAAAUUCAAAGAUAUUUGAUUUCACGUGAAAAUAUCGAUGCGUUUGAUCAUUUCGUUUGCUUGAACGGAAUUUUCUGCGACAAAAUGCAAUUGGCAGGGCAUUCUCGAGUGGGUCGAGGCUAAACAUACCUCUAAUCUUAGGUAAACUACUCUGUGAGAACCAAAUGGAAAAAAGUGAAAAAAUAUCGGGCUGGUGCUUGGACGAAACCAAGAUGUGGCACCAGCAAGAAUUAUAUAAGAAACGCUAAAAAAAUAUUUAAAAAAAAAAAAAAAUUGUGCUACGACUAUUGCGAUCUCGUUAUCUCGCUUUUCUGCGACCGAAACUGCGUGAAGCACGGGCGGUUUCACUAUUUUUCUUCCAACAAACACACAUUGACCAAAAAAAAAUUCAGUGGAAAACACAACUAUCGAGAUUGAAAUAAAGAAAAAUUCAUUUUUUCCCAAAUAUAUAUAUACUUCACAGAGUUACGAAAUUAUUUAUCUCGAAUGGAGGAACUCAUUCGAGGUACAUCGUGAAAAUUAAGUAAUAAAAUAUUUCGUUGAACGAUCUACGAUGAUGCUGUUAUUUUAUGGUAUACAAUCACGAAACGUUGGAAAAGAAUAAAUUUUAUUUCGAUACGAUAGAAGAAACAAGCGAGAAAUAAAGAAAAUUAAUUCUUUAUCUUCCUUUUUCUUUAUUAUUAUAAAUAAUUAAUAAAUUACGUUAUGCUCGUUUCAUAAAUGCCAAUAAAAACCGUCUCGUUGCAUCGAUGCAUAUGAUUUUUCCGAGUCGCUUGGCUCGCCAAUUGUAAAUUAGUAGAGAUAAAAAAAAAUCGUUAAAAUUAUAUAUAUAUUCUAUAUAUACAUAUUCUAUAUAUACAUGUAUAUACGUAAGAAAGCGAACAAGCACGAGGGGUUGUGUUGCAUUUUCACCCUGAGAGAGAAACUGGUGAUUGAAAAAAAAAAAAAAAAGAAAAAAUGAAGACGUCCCCCUGUCGCAAGAAAGAGGAAGUAAUUUAACAAAAAAAAAAAAUGAGAAAAACGUAUAUCGACAUCUCGUGUUCGAAUAAUUACGCUGCCUUUCCCGAUCAAAUAAAUAACUAAAUAAAUCUAAAAAGAAGAAAAAACCCAUCUAAAAAAGAAAAAAAAGAAUACAAAAAAGUGAAGAGGAAAAAAAAGAUGUAGAAACGAGAGUCUUAAGACUUUGUUCUUGGGACUACGCGAUUCUACAUUUACGUAAAUCCUUGCGCAAACGAAAUAACUCAUUGUUACACACACACACACACACACAUACAUAUACACAGACACACACGAUACACGGAAUCUUCACCCACAAAAAAAAAUAAUAAAAAAGAAAUUAAAAAAAAAUGGGACAUAAAACACGCACGACUUGGCGACGAUUGCACACACCCAAUUUAUCGAAUCGAUCGUGUUCGAACGAAUGCCAAUCGCUGUUAAUAAUAACACACGAAACAGAUUUAAUUCGCCACGACCCGCAUAUUAUUAUCAUUAUUAUUAUCAUGAUUAUUAUUAAUUAUUAUUAUUAUUAUUAUUAUUAUUAUUAUUAUUAUUGCAAGAUGAUUCAACUCGACCCGCCGCCUGAUUUCUAAAAACCGAAGAAAUGAAAAGAAAAAGAAAAGAAGAAGAAAAAAAAAGACGGUCGAUGUUCAAAGUUAUCGUUUUAUUCCAUUUUAAAUGUUUACUGUAUAAUAAAAUUGUAAUAUAGUCGUUGGGCAAAUAAAGCUCGUUUUUUCGAUAUAUACACACAUAUCACGGAACAAAUGAUGUCCCAUUCGUGUCCUUUCGUGCGUUUAAUUUCAUGCCUAUUCUACUUCCAUCGAAAAAAUGAAAGUGCCUUGAUGGUGUUGCCAUGCAUAAAUCUUCCCCAACUUUUCUUGAAUUCCGAUAUGAACGCGAAACGAAUCUCGUAUCGCGUUCAAUCUUUGUCUAUUAAAAGACGAAUAUGUGAGAUGCAAAUCCUCGGAUCAAGAAUUCAGCGUGUUUUGCUUUGCUUUCGAGUUAAAGCUAUCUCACCUCGAGGAAAUUUUCAAAUCGAGAAUCGAGACUUCUGCUCGUUUCUGGAAGAAUAAAUCAUCAUGGAGGAAGAGAUAAACGUUCGAAUAGGGGAUCCAUCGAUUCCAAAAUGUAUAUUACGUCCGAUAAUGUAUGUUUCUUGGUUGUUAGGUGUUGGAGUUGCACGAUUGUUCAAAAUGGAUCACUGUCAUCUCUCUAAUGAUUCACUUCAGCGUUUGCUCGAUCGUCCUAUUUAGCGCAAUGGAUUUCGCCAAUUUCAGCAAGGCCAAUUUCACCAAUGAAUUGUUCAAAAUCAUGUAUUUCAUGAACGAAACCGUGUGUCAUCUUGCAGCAUAUUAUUACGUUUACCAUGUAGACAUUAUGACAGAUGGCCUAAAUUGAUGAAGAUAUUGGAUAAGAAUACCGGCAAAGAAUUGAUCGAAGAUGGAUACGUGAAGAUGAGUCAAAUCUUGGCCAUUUUUAUAGUUAUAUUAUGCGGUCCAAUAUCAAUGCUUCACGUUCUUUAUUAUUAUUUCACCUGAUCAAAUCUUUGCAUCCGAUCUACUUCUUUAUUAUACGCAAACUUUAAUGAAUAGUUUCGUGUUCGAUGCCGUUAUACAUGAUAUGCCACAAAUUUAGAGUAAUCAAGAUAAUAGAGAUGAUCAAACAGUUGGAUGAAAAAGUAACGAUCUGUUGGAUUGUAUUGAAAAUCAAAAAAAUUAGGAGACUGCACAAUGGCACGAGAUAUUAGCCUUAAUUCUUGUAUUUAGAGUGAGUGACGUAAAUUGGAUAGAGCGUACGUCAUUUUGAACAUUUCGUCUUUUAUUUUAAAAAAAGAAAUUUGUUUCCGUCCCUCAUUCUAUUAUUAAAAUGCUAUUAUUAAAAAUGAUGCGUAAUGAUGCACCAUUUAUGCACUUAUCUCUCGAUUAAAUUGCGAUUCUUGUAGAAUUAAGUUCUAUAUUAUGUAAUAAUGAUAGUAAACGACAUUUAUGGCAUAGAUCUAUUGUUAUGUUUUACAAAUUCUUUUUAUAAUGGUGGUCUCGAAGCUGUUUCAUAUUCCUGAAUAACGUGAUUUGGAUAAUUUAUAAUAGUUCACUUUGAUGUUGGAUAUAUACGCUGAUCCAUCGAGAGAUAAAUAAAAUUGGAUUACAGCGAAUUUGUACUGAAUACCAACGUUCAACUUAAUUUAACAAGAUAGCAUUUUUCAAAAAUAAAGAAUCACAAGAAUUAGAAAUUUAUAAAUAUCAAAAACAAAAAACAUUGAUAAAUCAAUUAAAAAAAUUAAUAAAUAGACACAAUAUAGAAAUAAAUAUUUAAACACAGUGAUUUUUUUUUUUUAUAACAAAUUUAUAUUACCAAUCUUUUCAAAUACAAGAAAUAAAAUCUCUUUCUUGCAGGAAAUAAAGUCUCUGAUCUCAAAAAAUAUGCAUUAUCAAUGUAAACAAAUAUGAAAAUCGAUGAUCAUGACUGUGCAAAGUUUGAGUUGAAAUAAAUACAAUGAAACGAAAAAGAUAUUUAAUGUUAUGGAUGAUUUCUUGUUUUUUUAGUCUACUUCUUCGAUGGUUGGUCCUCCAGCACCACCGCCUCCUGUAGCAGCACCUGGAUGGAACCCUCCAGGUGUUGCUCCUCCCUGAUAUAAUUUAGUGACAACAGGAUUGCAAACGGAUUCUAGUUCUUUCUGCUUAUCAGCGAAUUCUUCUUUUUCUGCCAAUUGAUUUGCAUCCAACCAUGAAAUCACUUCGUUGCACUUAUUGAUAACCUUUUCUUUUUCCGUUGAAUCGAUCUUAUCUUUGAUCUUCUCAUCUUCCAUUGUACUCUUCAUAUUGAAACAAUAAGAUUCUAAUGCAUUUUUGGCAGUUAUUCUUUCACGUUGUUGUUCAUCUUCAUUACGAUAUCUUUCUGCUUCGUUCACCAUUCUCUCGAUAUCUUCUUUCGACAAUCGACCUUUAUCAUUUGUGAUGGUGAUCUUGUUCUCCUUUCCGGUUGAUUUUUCAAUUGCGGAUACAUUCAGAAUACCUAUAAUGUGUGUGAAAAGAAAGUUUAUUAAUUUAUUAAUGAAUAUAUUGAAGAUAUUUUUAUAAAGAAAUGUUGUAUUGAAAAGAGAUAAUGCACAUACCAUUAGCAUCGAUGUCAAAUGUGACCUCAAUUUGAGGUACACCUCUAGGUGCAGGUGGAAUGCCAGUAAGUUCAAACUUUCCAAGAAUAUUAUUAUCUUUUGUCAUAGCUCUCUCUCCUUCGUAUACUUGAAUCAAGACGCCAGGUUGAUUAUCGGAAUAGGUAGUAAAGGUUUGCGUUUGCUUGGUUGGUAUCGUCGUGUUCCUCUUGAUCAAAGUUGUCAUUACACCACCAGCUGUUUCUAUACCCAGAGACAAUGGAGUGACAUCCAGUAACAACAGAUCCUGAACUUCUUGAGAUUUGUCACCAUGCAAAAUAGCGGCCUGUACAGCUGCGCCAUAAGCAACAGCUUCGUCAGGAUUGAUCGAUUUGUUCAAUUCUUUUCCAUUGAAAAAGUCCUGUAGUAAUUUUUGAAUCUUUGGUAUUCUGGUAGAACCACCGACUAAAACGAUACUAUGAACAUGAGCUUUGUCCAUCUUGGCAUCUCUCAAAGCUUUUUCAACCGGUUCCAGUGUACUUCUGAAUAGAUCCGCGCAAAGUUCUUCAAAUCUGGCUCUGGUAAUCGAUGUGUAGAAAUCAAUGCCCUCGAAAAGAGAAUCGAUUUCAAUACUGGCUUGUGUCGAAGAGCUUAAAGUUCUCUUUGCUCUCUCACAAGCAGUUCUCAAUCGUCUAAGGGCCCUCUUAUUCGAACUUAAGUCUUUCUUGUAUUUUCUCUUGAACUCUUGAACGAAAUGAUUCACCAUCCGAUUAUCGAAGUCUUCACCACCAAGAUGAGUAUCGCCCGCUGUUGACUUCACUUCAAAGAUGCCAUCUUCGAUGGUCAAUAUGGACACAUCAAAGGUGCCACCUCCCAAAUCAAAGAUCAGUACAUUCUUUUCACCGGCAGUUUUUUUAUCUAAGCCAUAAGCAAUCGCCGCCGCGGUUGGUUCAUUAAUUAUUCUUAAAACGUUUAAGCCUGCUAUCGCUCCCGCAUCUUUGGUAGCUUGUCUUUGUGAAUCAUUGAAAUAUGCGGGGACAGUAAUAACGGCAUUGGUAACUAUUUUUCCUAAGUACGCUUCUGCAGUUUCCUUCAUUUUCGUGAGUACCAUCGAAGACACUUCUUCGGGGAAGAAAGUCUUUGUUUCACCUUUAUACGAAACCUUGAUCUUUGGUUUUCCUCCAUCGUUCAUCACCGUGAAUGGCCAAUGUUUCAUAUCACUUUGUACUGUUGUAUCAUCGAACCGACGACCGAUCAAUCUUUUCGCAUC